AUGUUAGAACAUCUUUUACAGAAUCUUCCGAAUUUAUAUCAAUUAAAAUGCGAUUUAAAUGUUUAUAUAAAUGGAAAUGAAUGGGAAGAUAUUAUUAAAAAAUCUUUACCAAAAUUAAAAAUGUUUCAAGUGAAAAUGAGAUAUACACCAUCGAAUAAUGAAAAUAAAGAAAAUCAAUUAAAUGAAAUAGUUGAUUCAUAUCGAACAAAUUUUUGGAUCAAUGAACAUCAAUGGUUCAUUCGAUGUCAUUGGUAUACAAUCGAUCAAAAUGAACAAUUUAAUUUUAUCGAUGUAUUUACUGUCCCAUAUGCAUUUGAUAGUUUUUGGGAACAUAAUAUUUGUCUUUUAGCAAAAUCAACGGCUCUAUAUGAUAAGAAUUAUUUACAAUGUCCUUGUGUAAAAACAUUAAAUUAUGGAUCUUCAUCUUUUACAGAUCCGAUUCGAUCUCGUCUUCGUUUUAAUAAUCUUCAACAUCUUUCAGUUUCAUUGCCGUUUAAUGAACGAUUUUUCUUUAUUGUUUCAAGAUUUGAUCGACUUAGAUCACUUUUUGUAUACACUGAAGAGAACAAAAAUUUGAAUAAUAUUCAAUUUCAACUACAACUUAUACUUGACCAAGCAUCUCGCCUCUAUUCACUCGAAUUUAGUACAUGGGCACGAUCUGAUUCUGAAGCACCACUUACAGGAUUACGCAGUGAUUCAGUUCGUCGACUAGAUUUAAUACGAUUCUAUUUUAAUGGUCAAAUUUAUCAUUUUGAUGAAAAGGAAUGUAUUCAAUUGAGUCAUUCACCCUUAGGUAUUCAAUGCGAAGUUUUGCUUAUUACGGUUAAAAAUCGAAAAAAUAUUCUUCAUCUUAUUAAUAAUAUGAAAAAUCUUCGAUCAUUAUAUGUUCAUUCUAUAGAUCAUUAUUGGCCUGAAAAUGGUUCAGUAUCAUCUGCAAUGGAUGGGCUUGUUCAAUGGUUGUAUGAACAAUUACCAUCAAAAUCCACAGUGACUAAAUCUCAAACUGAUAGUUUUGGAAUUCAUAUAUGGAUUCGCUGA